AUGGCGGACGAGUCUCGGAAAAGCGGGCCGUCCGUUUCUAAGCCGGAUAGAAAGGAGGCGGCUCAGAACCCUUCGCUGGAGUUGGGCGAGGGCGCGAAGACCAGGACUCGGGCACAGAAACCGGCUGGAGCCAGUAAUGUCAUGCCACAUACUGGCGAGUCAAUGGACCCUCUGAGCCCGGACGCCUCUGACCGAGUGUUCCCCAUUCGUAGCGUCGUUUCGGUCGAGCCCACGCCUACGCCUUCACAAAGAUUGGAUCGGGAAAGGGAUUCAUAUUUUCAUACUCCAGCUCGCGCUAGUGAUGCGCGGCGGAAAUCUGUGAGCAUGGGAUCGGAGGGUUCGCAAGCAGCAAGGUCAAGGCAAAGCAGCACAGCGGUACCUCAGACUGAUGGCGACAGCGAUCGAAGAGCUGGUGCACCUCGCAGAGCCGACCCCGGCGGAUCAUCUGCACCCAGAGUACCGCCGCAGCUUUUCAGCGACUAUGUAUCGAGCAAAGGUUCAGAAGGAAGCGGACAGGUACGCGAACGGCCAACAUCAUCUGGAGACGACCGACCCCCGUCUAUCGAGAGCACUAGGAGCAGCAUUGACGGUGGGGGCUUAGUUACAGCUAGGUUCCAACAUGUGAUAAACCAAGACGGUCACUAUGUUGUGACUGGAAGAGACGGCGACACCCUCCGGCGGUGUGAGGACGAAGAAAUCCACAUCCCUGGAGCAAUCCAGAGUUUCGGCCUUCUCAUAGCACUCCAAGAAACCGAAGAUAACAAGUUGAAAGUUAGGAUCGCCAGCGAGAACGCUCAGCGCUUGAUCGGAUACACACCGAAGCAACUGUUUCAUCUCGACAGCUUUUGCGAUAUUUUGUCUGAUGAACAAUGCGAGAAUCUGCUAGACCACAUCGAUUUCAUCAAGGAUGAGGAUGCGGAUGUCGCUACUAAUGGGCCCGAGGUGUUCACUAUGUCGAUCCAGACGCCGCAGAGGAAGCACAAUAAGUUGUGGUGCGCCAUCCAUAUCAACGAUACGAAUCCCGGAUUGAUCAUCUGCGAAUUCGAGCUCGAGGACGACCCCGAAUUUCCGCUUGUUCCACCCACCGAGCUGGCGCCGGAACUGCCCGAGAAUACAUUGCAUAACCAGCCGACGGCAGAAGAGUAUGCGGAAAGCACCCAGAACAGUAGCAGGCCUCUGCGGGUUUUGAGGAGCGCAAGGCGAAGGAAGGGGGAGGCCGCUGCCAUGGAGGUUUUCAACAUUAUGUCACAGGUACAGGAGCAGCUCGCUGCGGCCCCAAACCUUGAAAAAUUUCUCAAGGUCCUGGUCGGCGUUGUGAAAGAGCUUACAGGGUUUCAUCGCGUGAUGAUUUAUCAGUUCGAUCAGGCUUGGAACGGGCGCGUCGUAACCGAGCUUGUGGACCCAAGAGCAACUCGCGACCUUUACAAAGGGCUGAACUUCCCUGCAUCCGAUAUUCCUAGACAGGCUAGGGAACUCUACAAGAUCAACAGAGUACGGCUGCUAUACGACCGAGACCAAGAAACUGCGCGCUUGGUGUGUCGGACACACGAAGACCUAGAGCGCCCUCUGGACCUGACCUAUUCCUAUCUACGCGCUAUGUCACCCAUUCAUCUUAAGUAUCUCUCGAACAUGGCAGUGCGAUCGUCUAUGUCCAUUUCAAUCAAUGCGUUCAGCGAGCUCUGGGGCUUGGUCGCUUGCCACUCGUACGGACCCCGGGGGAUGCGGGUCUCCUUUCCAAUCAGGAAAAUGUGCCGGCUUAUCGGUGAUUCCGCCUCAAGGAACAUUGAGCGGCUCUCGUACGCUUCGCGGUUACAGGCGCGGAAAUUGAUCAAUACUGCACCAUCAGAACACAACCCCUCCGGUUAUAUCGUUGCCUCGUCAGACGACCUUUUGAACCUGUUCGAUGCGGAUUUUGGAAUGCUCUCUAUCCGAGACGAGACUAAAAUUUUAGGAGAUGUGAAACAUUCACAGGAGGCCCUGGCAAUGUUGGAAUACCUCCGUAUGCGCAGAAUCACCUCAGUGACGGCAUCUCAAGAUAUCACGCAAGAUUUCCCCGACCUCAGGUAUUCUCCAGGCUUCUCGUUCAUUGCCGGUCUGCUUCUGGUGCCUCUUUCCGUCGGGGGUAGCGAUUUCAUUGUAAUGUUCAGGAAAGGCCAGCUCAAAGAAGUGAAGUGGGCUGGAAACCCGUACGAAAAAUUCAUCAAAGAAGGCACCGAAGGCUAUCUAGAACCCCGAAAGAGCUUCAAGGCUUGGAGCGAAACUGUGGUCGGAAAAUGUCGGGAGUGGACUGCAGAGGAGAUUGAAACUGCAGCAGUAUUGUGCCUAGUGUACGGCAAGUUCAUCGAGGUGUGGCGGCAGAAGGAGUUGGCUUUGCAGAACAGUCAGUUGACGAGGCUUCUUCUGGCGAACUCUGCACAUGAAGUACGAACGCCUCUCAACGCUAUCAUCAACUACCUGGAAAUUGCUCUUGAAGGCACACUGGAUCAAGAAACACGAGAAAAUCUAGCGAAAUCACAUUCCGCGUCAAAGUCACUCAUCUACGUUAUUAAUGAUUUGUUAGACCUCACAAAGACCGAAGAAGGCGCAGACCUCGUCAAGGGGGAAGUCUUCGACCUCAGAGCUACUUUAAAAGAAGCUACUGAUCUGUUCAGGGGCGACGCAACUCGGAAAAAGAUCGAAUACGAUGUCACGACGUGUCCCGAUGUGCCACAAAAUGUUGUCGGCGAUCAGCGAAAGAUCCGUCAAGCCAUAUCGAACGUCACGGCGAACGCAAUCCAGAAUACAUCUAAGGGAGGCGUCAAAGUGGAGAUGUACAUUGCCGCGUGGGACGGAGACAAUCAUGUCGACAUUGAAGUGGCUGUGCAGGAUACUGGCAUUGGCAUGCCUACCGAAAAGCUGGACGCACUCUUUCGCGAUUUUGAGCAGGUCCAGACCGAGACGACAGGGAGCCCUGCGCUCGGCCCAGAGAAGCUGAUAGAGGGGACACAGGAGAAGAGGACGCUAGGUCUCGGCCUCGCAGUGGUUGCUCGAAUAAUACGCAACAUCAACGGCCAACUGCGGCUUAAGUCUGAAGAAGGCAAAGGCUCGCGAUUCGUAAUCCAGCUGCCGUUUGAGCUCCCAGAUGACCAGCAGAAAUCCCUUACGGGCUCCACUUCCGGCACCGUAACUCCUCAGCCUGCGGCCGCUGAGUCGAAAGGCGAGAUUACACUAGUGGCUCGGGAUAGCGACCAGCGCAGAGGCUCCAGCAGCCAGCUCGUCCGGAAGAACAGCGCGGACAGCGUGAACAGCAGGAGGAGCGCGGCUUCCAGUACCAACAGUGUAAAGAGUGACGUGGAUAGGCUCAUCAAUGCCAUCCGAGAGCCUCAGAACUUCGAAAGCAGGCCGAACGCUGGCGAAAGAAGCACAAGUGGACGAUCUGGUCGACCGCGGCUGGAAAGUAGGCGCAGCCAUUACACCAGUCAGCCGGCCUCACCCCAAAGGACUCGAACCAGAAGCAUUGAAAUGCCUCCGCCAGAGCAUAUGCGUUCGGUCGAGCAUAUUACUCCAGGACAGGACGAUCUUCCUCAUGGUUCGGCGCCAGUCAAGGCUAUUCACAUGCCGGGCGAGGAUACAACAUCGAUCGAGGAUUCAGCCCGCUCUUCUCGGAUACUAGGUGAAGUGGAGAAUCACAGCAAGGGGACUUCAUCACGUCCACACGAGGAUGAACCACCAUCAGCAGAUCAUAUGCGUAUCCUGAUCGCUGAAGAUGACGUAAUCAAUGCUCGAAUCAUAACAAAGCGGUUAGAGAAACUGGGCCACACCACCACGCUAAGCGUCAACGGAGAAGAGUGCUCGGCGGUUUAUUGCGACCAUUCUGGUCACUUCGAUGUCAUCUUGAUGGACAUGCAGAUGCCGAUUGUGGAUGGCAUGACCUCCACCAAGAUGAUCCGGUCCUUCGAGAAGUCUCACCCUACCCACAUGCUCUCCACUCGCGCUACUCUGAACGGUCGAGUACCGAUCAUUGCUGUCUCCGCCUCCCUGGUGGAGAAAGAGAGACAGAAUUACAUUGAUUAUGGCUUCGAUGGCUGGAUCAUGAAGCCAAUUCGCUUUGAAAGACUCAGCGAGCUGCUCAACGGUAUUGUAGACGCCAAAACACGAGGAGAGAACCUUUACCAGCCGGGCAACUGGGAGAGGGGAGGCUGGUUCAACAAGGCGCAACCCAACACGUCUAUGGCGAAAACCGAGCCCUCUGAGAAGAUUCCAUUUAGUGGCCCGUCUAAUGAGGCGAAGGCCGCAGCUGCAUCGGAUGAUCCUUUCGUGGGCAAUGGCGGCGAAGGCCGCAUUCCGGAGGAACAGAGGCGCCUUCGCGAGCAGCAGGAGGAAGGAUCCAUUGCCCCGCCCGAUGAGAACCAACGGACACCCUCUAACGAGGAGUCGGGAGAAGAAACUCCGCCGAGGUUGUCUUCUCACAACACUACCUAG